AUGUUGGAAUGUGGCAUGUUAAAACGUGACAAAAAGGCUUUGCAGAAGUGCUCGGCUAUCCUCUGCAAACAGAUGGUGGUGGACGAAAUGCUCAUUCAGUCUCUGCAGGCAGAGGACAUACUGACGGAGAGCAUGGCAGAGAGCGUGAUGGCCGAGCAAACUUCUCAGAAACGAAGCUGGAGAUUGCUACUUCUUCUACCAAAGCGAGGACCCAAAGCUUUUAGCAGCUUCUGCUCAGCUUUAAAGGACACAGAGCAGCCGCACUUAUGUGACCUGCUCUUACAAUGUCCUCAGACAGACCUGAGCGAGGCUCGCAUAGAGGUCCAGAGCCCAGUGCGGUCCCCCCUGCCUCACCCCACACAAGAAGUCAUUCCUGCCAAGAGACCUCGGACACUCGAGUCCAUGGAAGUGAGCCUGGAUACAGACAGUCCAAUAACCACUCCAGUUUCUCCAUGUUCUCAUGAGUUUUACCUCUCCCAUUACCAGCAGUCUUAUCAAAUGAACUCCUCUCCUCGUGGUCUCGCUUUGGUUAUCAGUAAUGUGGCAUUUGACCCUCUUGCUGCUCCAGACCUUGACCUGAGAAAAGGAGGAGAAGUGGACGACGAAGUCCUCAGAAAAGUCUUCACUGAAUUGGAUUACAUUGUCACAGUCCAGCGAAACCUUACUGCGCAGGACAUGCGGCUGUGCAUAGAGAGCUUCUCCAGACGCCCAGAGCACAGGACGAUGGACAGCUGUGUGGUGUGUCUGCUUUCUCAUGGAGUAGAUGGCGCUGUGUACGGCACUGAUGGACAACUACUACAGCUUGACUGGGUGUUUGAGACAUUCGACAACGCACACUGCCCACUGCUACAGAAUAAACCAAAGAUGUUUUUCAUUCAGGCAUGCAGAGGAGAGGACAUGGACUGUGGAGUGGAGCAGAUAGAUGGGCCUAUGAGGACUUGCUCACCGAGCUGUGAACAGGUGGAUGCUGGGAGGGAGGGCCAGGGCGACGCUAGCCUCAUACAGAGAGGAGACAUGGGGAAGCCCAGGAUCAAGCUCCCCCAGCGGUCAGACAUGAUCUGCGGCUUUGCUUCUCUCAAAGGCACUGCUGCGAUGCGAAACACCAAGAGGGGAUCCUGGUUCAUUCAGGACUUGAACACAGUGCUCCGUCUGCAGGCCAAGGACACACACCUCGCAGACAUCCUUGUGCAGGUAAACGGGCGCAUCAAACAGCGAGAGGGUCACGCACCGGGCACCGCGUACCACCGCUGCAAAGAGAUGUCUGAAUUCACCAGCUCCCUCUGCAAAGACCUCUUCUUCUACCCAAAACAUGAGACACAUAACCACUAUGUGCAACUCCCAGACUAG